AUGUCUCAAUCAACCAACGACGUGCACUCAGGGCUGGACCCUGUUAUGCCAAUCGCCAUCAUUGGUGUAGCUGGUCGUUAUCCGGGAGAUGCGUGCAAUCCUGAGAGACUUUGGGAUAUGAUUUCAGAAGGCAGGAGUGCUAUGAGCGAAGUCCCGAAGGAUAGGUUUAAUGUGGAUGCAUUCUAUCAUCCCCACAACGAGAGAAGCGGCACCUUGAAUACCAGGAACGCACACUUCAUGAAUAGAGACGUCUCCGCAUUCGACGCUCCUUUCUUCUCCAUCACACCGAAUGAGGCGAAAGCAAUGGAUCCGCAACAGCGUUAUUCGUUGGAGUGCUGCUACGAAGCCUUGGAAAACGCUGGCAUUCGUAUCCCCGAUAUUGCUGGCACCGACACCUCUGUCUUUGUCGGCAGUUUUUCCAAGGAUUACAACGAGCUUUCAUCUAUUGAUCCUGAAGAGAUCCCACUAUACUUUGGUGUAGGCACGGGUAGCGCUAUGCUUUCGAACAGACUCUCAUGGUGGUUCGAUUUGCAUGGACCCUCCGUCAGUCUUGAUGUCGCGUGCAGUUCGUCCGGCGCAGCUCUGCACUUAGGUUGCCAAAGUCUCCGCACAGGAGAAUCGAGCAUUUCUAUCAUUGGAGGUGUCAAUUUGAUCCUCCUGCCUGGUAUCAUGACCAACAUGUCCAGUCUACACUUCCUCAGCGAGGACGGUGUCUGUCACUCAUUUGAUGAGUCAGCAAAUGGAUACUCCAGAGGCGAAGGUGCAUCCUUCCUUGUCAUCAAGCCUCUGGACGCAGCCCUUCGGGACGGAGAUGUCAUUCGUGGAGUCAUCCGAAACACAGCAUGCGGCCAAGAUGGUAAUGGAAACGCUGGCAUCACUGUGCCUAAUGGAAAUGCACAAGAAGCUCUGAUCCGAAAAUGCUAUGCUGAUGCUGGAUUGAGCCUUGCUGACACACAGUAUGUGGAAGCUCACGGUACCGGCACACAAGCCGGAGACCCAGCAGAGACGGCCGCUCUGUCCGCGACACUCGGAAUGUCUCGACCAAAGGGCGAUCCUCUGCUGAUAGGUUCAGUCAAGACGAAUGUUGGCCAUCUUGAGGGUGCAGCUGCUGCCCUGGGCGUCACCAAGGCCAUAUUCUGUCUUGAGAAAGGUGAGAUCCCAGCGACCAUUGGCUUCAAGACAGCCAACCCGCGCAUUCCAAUGGAGGACUGGAAUCUGCGAGUUGUCGACAAGCUCACACCCUGGCCCUCCUCCGGCCCUCGCCGCGUGAGUAUCAACUCCUUUGGCUAUGGUGGUACUAACGCGCAUAUCAUCAUCGAUGACGCCUAUCACUACCUGAAAGCGCGAGGUCUUUCCGGAAACCACAAUACUACAGUAUCAAGUGGCUCGCUCACUCCUUCAACUCCAGAGUCUGUCGACUCCGGUCUGGGUCUGUCGCCGCAAAGCAGUGUGAGCCCGGAGGAUCCCCUAUCUCCUCAGGGAGAAAUGGAUUAUUUCUCAGCGUUGAAACGUGACCGGCAGCCAAGAUUGUAUGUUUGGUCCUCAAACGAGCAGCCUGGCGUUCAAAGGUCAGCCCAAGUUUACAAAGACUACCUGGGCAAGAAAGCGUCGAAGAAGAUGGCCUACAGCAGUGAGAACCAGCUACUCGCCAAGUUUGCGCAUACACUAUCGAACCGCCGUACUUUUUUGCCAUGGAAGAGCUUCGCAGUCGCAUCAUCGUUGGAGGAGCUUUGUGUCAAUCUGGGAGCACCCCCGGUCUCGCCAGUGAGGUCAGUCAAAGCUCCCAAGCUCGGAUUUGUCUUCACGGGCCAAGGCGCGCAGUGGUUCGCUAUGGGUCGUGAGCUCUGUGCAUUCCCGUCUUUCCAGAGAUGUCUUGCAGAUGCAAGCACUCAUCUCCUGAGUCUCGGGUCGCCAUGGUCUCUACUUGAGGAGUUCAACCAAGACGAGAAAAGCUCGCAAGUAAAUCUGCCAGCUAUCAGUCAGCCUCUCUGCACUGCUCUCCAGAUAGCAUUGGUCGAUCUUCUUGCCGAAUGGAACAUCAAGCCAAAUGCUGUAGUUGGUCACUCGAGUGGCGAGAUCGCCGCGGCUUACUGUACUGGUGCCCUGUCGCGAGAAGCCGCUUGGGAGGUAGCUUAUCAUCGCGGUCGUCUGGCAGCCAUUCUCCCUGAGAUCGCACCGCUAGCAAAAGGGUCCAUGCUUGCCACCAAUGUCAACGAUGUCGACGCGCAGAGCUAUAUCAAUCGUCUGAUCAAGGGCUACGCGACCGUGGCUUGUGUCAACAGCCCAGAAUCAACCACAAUCUCUGGUGAUCUGACAGCAAUUGUUGAGCUAGAGGAGAUGCUGAAAGAAGACGGCAGAUUUGCUCGAAAGUUGCAAGUUACCACAGCAUACCACUCAAAGCACAUGACUGCCAUCGCAGAGCUGUACGAGUCUGCGAUCAAAGACAUUGAGCUCAACACUUCCAAAUCGUCGGUAAUCAUGUUCUCGAGCGUGACUGGUCAUCAUGUCGAAGCAAAGCAACUCGGACCCCGUUACUGGGUUCACAACAUGGUCAAACCAGUCGAGUUUUCUGGUGCUGUACACAACUUGUGCCACCAUACGCCUAGCAAAGGGUCCAGAUCCAGGAAGCCAUUGGUGGAUGUCCUGGUCGAGAUUGGCCCACACUCUGCUCUCCAAGGCCCGUUGAAGCAGAUCAUCAAAGCCGAGUCAGGCAAAUUCGCCGAGGUCGCCAGCAUUUCGCUACUUUCAAGAGGCCGAGAUGCCAGGAUCACGACAAUGGAAGCGCUUGGCACGCUGUUCCAGAGAGCUUAUCCAGUCAAUCUCUCUGGCUGCAAUGGAACUUCCCAAGCUGAUGCCUUCCUGGUUGACAUUCCGCCGUUCGCCUUUAACCAUGGCGAGAACAACCGCUACUGGCACGAGAGCCAGGCCUCCAAAAAUACCAGAUUCCGAGCAAAGCCAAGAACAGACCUUCUGGGAGCUAUGAUCCCGCAGAGUAACGUUCUGGAGCCAGUCUUCCGCAACAUCUUACGCGUGACAGAAAUUCCAUGGAUUGAACAUCAUCGCGUUCAAGGUACUAUCCUGUACCCUGCAGCAGGAAUGCUUGUUAUGGCCAUCGAGUCUUGCGUUACCCGCGUCGAUCCGACUCGUGUUGUUGAGGGCUACGAGCUUCGAGACGUGAUUGUCGGCAAGGCAAUCGUGAUUCCAGAAGGCGAGAGCGGCACAGAAACAUUGCUCAAACUUCGUCCUUGGAGAACUGGCACUCGCGAUCUGGCAUCAAACUGGGAAGAGUUUCGUAUCUAUUCCAGACAAGGUGAUGUGUGGGAGUUGAACUGCAGUGGCCUUUGUCGUCCAAAGUAUAAGGCUGACACCAAAGUCUGGUUCGCCGACGAGGAAAAGGCGACUUGGCAAAAGAAGCUGGCAGACUUCCACGAAGUCUCAAACAGCUCACCCAAACUCGUCGACAUUGAAGCGCACUACGGACAUGUCGCCAGCCUAGGCUAUGGCUUCUCUGGUCCUUUCAAGAGCGUUCGCAAAAUCCACAAAGGCCACUUCCGUGCGAGGACCGAGAUCGAAAUCCCGGAUACUGCCGCGAUGAUGCCAAGAAACUUCGAAUUUCCCCACAUCAUUCAUCCCAGCACUUUGGAUUGUGUCUUCCAGACUGGCAUUGCAGGAGCUUCCUCCCUCGAUGGCCGCAUCGACUCCGCACUUAUUCCUGUGAGCGCUCAGCGUCUGUUUGUGUCUGUAGAUAUACCCGUGAGAGCUGGUGCAGUGCUCCAUUGCUCUGGACGCGUCGAGAAUGAAGGCUUCGAGAACGCGCGUGGCUCUUUCACCGUCUAUGACGACAGUUUCUCGAAGCCCCUCAUUGUUCUUGAAGGUGUCAAAAGCAGUGCUCUCCGCCAGGAUGAAUUUGGAGCAAAUCAAGGCACCAACAUCAGAAAACUGGCUGCCCACUUCCACUGGCAACAAGAUAUCGAAAAGAUAAGUCUCCAGGAUCUGCAGCAUGUCUGUGCAACAGCUCGAGCAGGUGAGGUUGCUCUUGAUGCGCGAGUCACUUCUGAGCUCGAACACGCCAGCUACAUCUUCAUGAGAAAUGUGGUCGUGAACAUUUCUCCAAAGGAGGCAGCGUCUUUCGCACCGCACAUGCAGAAGUACUACAGCUUCAUGCAGAAAACGCUACAAGAUGUAAUGCAGAGAAAUAUCGCUCAUCAGCACGGUUACCUCGACUGGCUGGUAGCUACCCCAUCCGAGGAGGAGGCUCUUUUGAAGAGGGUUGCAGCCUCGUCAGCCGAUGGUGCCGCGCUCUGCAAACACGGUAAGAAUCUCGUCCGCGUCUUGCGAGGUGAAGCUCUAGCGAUCGAAGUGCUCAUGGAGGAUAACCUGCUCAACAACUUCUAUCAGUACGGUGUAGGAAAUGCCCAGAUCUACGCUCAAUUGGGAAGCGUUGUAGACCUGCUUGGUCACAAGAACCCGGACAUGAAGAUUCUCGAAAUCGGAGGUGGUACAGGAGGCGCUACACUUCCCGUACUGUCGGCCCUUGGAGGCCAGAAUGGCACUUCGCCGCGCUUCUCGACCUACACAUUCACUGAUAUCAGUAGUGGCUUCUUCGAGAAGGCACACGAAAAGUUUAAGCCGUGGCUACCCUUCAUGGACUUUGCGAAGAUGGAUGUCUCGACGGAUCCGCUCGAACAAGGUUUCAAGGCUGGGCAGUAUGACCUUAUUAUCGCUGCAAACGUCCUGCACGCAACUGCGUCAAUGGAUGAAACACUGAAAAACUGUCAGAAACUUCUCAAGCCUGAAGGCAAGCUUAUUGUCAGCGAGAUUACCAAUUGUCUUCUUAGGUUCCACAUGAUUGUGGGCUCAUUCGAAGGUUGGUGGGCAGGCGCCCAAGACGGCCGUGAAUGGGGUCCAACCAUGACGCAAGAAGUCUGGAAUACGACACUGCUCCGCAAUGGAUUCAGCGGUGUUGAACUUGCUCUAGAUGAUCUAGAAGAUGCCGAGAAUCACGCAUACACGCUUAUGGUAUCGACUGCAUCCACACCACCACCGGAAGUUCCUCUUGGCAAGACCGUCAUCAUCCGGGCGCCACAAGCUACCUCGGAGUUGACUGAGUUUACUCUUAUGCUUCAACAGUCUCUGGAAGCGAACGGCGCCAAGGUCAGAUCCCUAGAUUUGCAUGAGGUACUCGCCAAAGACCUUUCCCAGACUUCGGUCAUCUCUCUCCUUGACUGCGAUGCAGAUCAUCCCUUCCUUUCUGAUAUCGCCCAGACGGACUUUCAAUGUGUUAAACACAUUGUAUCCACAGCUCAUUAUUCGGCCUUCCUCUCCCGUGGCGCAGCGAUCAACAGCGAGCAUCCAUUUUCUGGCCUCAUGACUGGUAUGGCUCGAUGCAUCCGCGCAGAGUCAGGGCCUACAUUCGCUCUCUUGACUCUCGACCUGGAUGCUUCAAACGCCAUCAACACCGACAGCAAUGUCGCCACUGUGGUUCAAGUCUACAAAAGUGGUGCAACCGGCACACACCGCCGCCGUCCAGAUUGGGAAUAUGCAAUCCGCGACAACAAGGUCAUGAUCCAGAGGAUCUUGCUGGAGAACGGUACCAACGAGCUCAUCUCCAGUCUCAACACAACACCAAAGCGUGAACUCAUGCCUUUCGUUCAAGAAGGUAGACCGCUGACUCUUGGUAUCGAGACACCGGGACGUUUGGACACUCUUCAACUCGACGACGAUGCCCAAUAUUACACCGAUAUGAAACCUGAUGACGUUGAGAUUGCCGUUGGUGCCGCGGGACUCAAUUUCAAGGAUGUCAUGAUCGCCAUGGGUCAGCUGCAAGAGCCAACCCUUGGUAUGGACUGCAGUGGUGUUGUUAGUCGAGUCGGUCAGAAUGUGAGCAACGUCAAGGUUGGCGAUCGAGUCAUGACCUGGACGUCAGGCGCUUUCUGUAACUUCGCCAGAUCGCCUGCUUCCAUGGUCUCUUGCAUUCCCGACAGCAUGUCUUUCGCCGUUGCUGCCAGUGUUCCAUUGGUGUGGUCCACCGUUGUUUACUCGCUUAUCAAUACCGCGCGCCUUCAAAAUGGUGACUCUAUCCUCAUUCAUGGUGCAGCCGGUGGCGUUGGCCAAGCGGCUGUCAUGUUGGCUAAGCAUAUCGGGGCCGAGAUCUACGCUACUGUUUCUUCCGAGUCCAAGAAACAAUUGAUUAUGGACACUUACAGUAUCCCAGAGGAUCACAUCUUCAGCAGCAGAGACCUUUCCUUCGCUGCUGGUGUCAUGCGGAUGACCAGAGGCAGAGGUGUUGAUGUUGUUUUGAAUUCUCUUGCUGGAGAAGCACUGCAGGUGUCUUGGGACUGUAUUGCCUGGUUUGGACGCUUCAUCGAGAUCGGCAAGAAGGAUAUUGAAUCCAACACCGGACUCAGUAUGGAGCCGUUUGGUCGCAACACGACAUACUCGUCUAUCGAUCUCACCGGCUUAAAGGCGCAUGAUCUCAAGACUUGCUCGAAGGUUUUCGCAAAUGUCGUCAAACUGCUUGAGCAAGGUGUGAUCGCUCCUGUGCAGCCUAUCGUCACCAUGCCUUUCAGCAAACUAGAAGAAGCCUUCCGAACAAUGCAAAUGGGCAAACACAUCGGCAAGCUGGUGCUAGAAGUCAACGAUAACGACAUCGUGCCGGUCAUCCCUGCACGGGUGAAGCCUUACAAUUUCCGAUCUGAUGCGACAUAUCUACUUUCAGGUGGCACUGGCGGUUUGGGCAGAAGUAUUGCAAAGUGGAUGGUCAAGCAAGGUGCCCGCAAUCUUGUCUUCUUGUCGAGAUCCGGCCCAAGCAAACCCGAAGCUCAAGACACCAUCAGCGCCUUGACAGAGCAAGGCGCACGAGCUGUCGCAUACAGCUGUGAUAUUUCAAACCGCGAUGACAUGAAACGAACCCUGGACACCAUUCGUGACCAGGGCUUCCCGCCUAUUCGGGGCGCGAUCCAAGGUGCCAUGGUUCUUCAUGAUGCUAUGUUCUGCAAUAUGAGUCAUGAACAGUAUCUUACAGCGCUGAGACCUAAGGUUCAAGGCACUUGGAAUAUGCACGAAUUGCUACCGAAGAACCUUGACUUUUUUGUUCUCCUUUCGUCUAGCGCGGGUAUUGCAGGAUCCAGAGGUCAAAGCAAUUACGCAGCUGGUAACGCUUUCCAGGACGCACUCGCAUACCACCGUAGAGCAAUUGGUCAGGCUGCUGGUGCAAUCGAUCUCGGAGUUGUCCUGGACGUCGGAUACGUGGCCGAGAGCACUUCCACUGAAGUCAGAGAGAACACCAAGCGGUUUAGCUUCGUCGCCCUGCGCGAGAUGGAAGUGCAUGCCCUAAUACAAGCCUCAAUCACUGGCGAAAGUAUCCGAGGCCAGAAGGUACCACCUCAGAUCAUCACUGGACUAGGCACGGGAGGUAUGGCCAAGUUUGCCGGCUACAAGAUUCCUUGGUGGUUCAGCGACGCCAAGUUCGCCCAUGUCCGCGAUGUCGACACGCACACAGUCUCAGUCGAGACGGAAGAUACUCUGCAAUUGCAGACCUUACUCGCGGCUGCAACCAGCUUCGAAAAUGCCACCGAGAUUGUGGGCUCGGCAUUGGUGCAGAAGCUGUCAAAGUCACUCAUGGUGCCGGCCGAAGAUAUUGAACUCUCUCGACCCAUGAGCAGAUAUGGCGUUGACAGUUUACUCGCUGUUGAGGUGCGCUCAUGGCUCUUCACGGAGCUGCAAUCGGAUAUUUCGGUCUUCCAAUUGCUUAGCAAUGGUCCUAUCACUGAUCUUGUCAAGACGAUUAUUGGGAAGUCGAAAUGUGUGCCUUCUGCUUUCCAGGCGGAAAUUUGA